AUGCAGGUUAGCGGAGGCCAGGCUGUAGCGGGCUGGGUGUUAGUCGGCUGGUUGGCGGCUGUGGCGGCGGCAGUGGACCCUGAGUUCUUGUCGCGGCGGCCCCGUUGCGGAGUUUCGGACGCAGAGGACGGCAGAACGUCCCACGUGAGGUGGGGUAGAACCGACCUCACCUACAAAAUCAGCUACUACACCGCGGAUCUCACCAGGGAGGAGGUGGACAUCGCCAUCGCUGACGCUUUCAGGUUAUGGGAGUCUGUUUCGGCGCUGCGCUUCACGCGAGUGUUCGGCCACGCAGACAUCGACGUCUCCUUCGUGUACGGCGACCACUUCGGCGACGAGCGGCCGUUCGACGGGCCGUCCACGCCGUCCGGCGGCGGGAGCCUGGCGCACGCCUUCCCGCCGGACUCCGGAUCGGACUUCGCCGGGGACGUGCACUUUGACGACUCCGAGGACUGGACCAUGGACAAGCGGGAAGGUAUAAACCUGUACCAGAUGGCUGUUCACGAGAUCGGGCACAGCCUCGGUCUGAGCCACUCCCACCAGCACACCUCCGUCAUGUACCCAUACUACCUCGGGCUCAGACGUCACUUCCGGCUACACAAGGACGACAUCCGGGACAUUCAGCGACUGUACGGUCCUCCAAGGGCAGAAACGGUCGACAAUGUCGUGCGCUCCGGCUCCACCUCGGGCCACCGGUCGGCGUACACGCCUCUGUCCUGCCAGUGCCCGCUGCUGGGCGUGCCCGACCUCCCGCGAGACUCCCCGGGAAUCCACGAGACUCCCGGCAUGCCCCAAAUCUGCACCGCCGCCACGCACAUCGACACCAUCGCCCGCAUGGGCACGGAGACGUGGGUCUUCAAAAACAGGUAUUUCUGGCGAGGUCCUGACGGGAAGAACGGUCCCUACGUCAUCAGUGACUACUGGCGGGGGCUGUCCGACCACACGAACCACAUCGACGCCAUCUACCAACGGGAGACGGACCAGAAAGUCAUCAUCUUUCAGGGGCGUCACUACUACGUGUUCCACGUGAACAAGCUUGAGAGCGGCCCGCAUCGCAUUGUGGAUUUGGGUCUGCCGAACUACGUGGACGCCGUGCUACCGUGGGAGGGGCAUACCUACUUCUUCAGGGGCAGACGUUACUGGUUGUACGAUGAAAAAGAGCGGCGGCUGGACAGCCGGACGCCCAAGCCCAUCCGCCGGAUGUGGAAGGGUCUUCCCUGGGACGGCGUCGACGCUGCAAUUCGACACGAUGACGGAGCGCUGUAUUUCUUUAAUGGAGACCAGGUGUACAGACUAGACGAGAGAGAACUCGAGGUGAUGCAGGGGUACCCCAGGGUAGCAGCCACGGACUAUUUCAGGUGCCCCCCUCCCGUAACCAGGGACCACAGGCCACAGUUCCGCUUUCCUGCACCUUAA